AUGGCACCCCCCGUUUCCCCUCGCCGUACACGCCCUGCAAAUGCGACUCGACACCCUGGACUUGUGCUUCUCGAAGGUCAAAAGAAGCGAUGUACCAAAGCCCAGGUUGCAGAAGACAAAGGCCGUGCUCUCGAAGCCCAGGCCGCUAAGGAAGCUGCCCUGCAGCGUGGAGUUGAUCGAAUUGCAGGCAUUGAGGCUGCCAUGCAGGUGGAGCAGGUGGCUGAAGCGACCAGCAGGGCAAAACCGGUAAAACCCCGCACUAGACCAGUGAAGAAGAAGGAAAAGCAGCAAGAUGAAACUAAUGAGCUUGCCUUAGAGCACCCCUCCAUUCCCCCAGCACAAGCCAAAGUUCAAGGCGCAGGCAGUCAGCACCCAGUUGAUAGUGUGGGUGGAGGCAAUGGCAAGGUGGUUGAAAAUGAGGCGGCUGGGAAUGAGGAAGUCAAGAUGAAGAAGAAGAAGAAGGUCAACCCUACAGUAUCGCGAGAAGCCAUAAGUGCGGCUACAAGGCAGAUCAUUGAUGGCGAUCUGGUUCAAGGGAAAGCUGAUAGCGACAAGAAAGGAAAUCUUAACCCGUCAUCUACGCUUCGCUUUAUGACCCUUACUUGGGGGCUCAGAAGUAAGAAAUACAGUCUGACGGGCAAGGUUAAUAAUUGGUGCACUCACCUUGAACCUGAGCCAAAGGCUGCUGCAAAACCUUUUCCUGUUCACAGCAUUCACACUGAAACUGUUUCUGUUGACUCUCUGGGUAUCUCGUUAGCAAAAUCAAGCCAAACUGUUGCAACCACAGUCUCACUCGCGAAGGAUCCGCCUCUUUCUUUGACAGACUCAUCCGAGACUUCACAUGCUCCCGCAUUGGAUGAAGAUGGAGACGACGACACCGACAUCGACACCGAUGACGAAGAAGACAACAACAACAAAUUCAAAGAGCAUUUUGUGGCCAACACAAAAGGAAAGGCCCGGGAGCAGAUGCAGAGUGUCGUGGCGAUCUCUGGUGAGAUCGCUGAACAUUCAGAUGACAACAGUUCCGAGAUACUGCCGGUGUCGACGCCAUUCAAUCUAUUGCCCUUCACUCAGCAAGCUGAAAUAGUGCAAUUUGCUCUAGAACAGGCCCAGUCAACUCGCACUGGUAGUUCCUCAAAGCAGCCAAUCGAGGCAGUCGACUUAAUUACCUCGUCUGAAGAGGACUCAAACGUGGCUGACGAGGAUAAUGCAGAUGCAUCUUUUGAUGCAAUGGUACUCAAUGCCACUCACUUCAUGUCUCCUGAGGUUGAGCCAGCAUGGGUCACUUCAAAGACUAGUGUAACGGUCUGCAAGAACGCGAACCCGCCCAAGAAAAUCAAGUUGGAACCAGCUACCAAGAAGAUGGAUGCUCCGGUAUCACCUGAGCCCAGUGUGAUGUCCGCUGACAUGAUGACGAAGCCGAAAAGCGGAAACCAGUGGCGAAACACUGAUCUUCCCCCACUUAUGCUGGAGGAUGGUAUGUGGCGAAGGUCUUUUAUCCCCACCGUCUUUCUGUGGGCAGGCGCUCAGCCUAAUUUCUGGUCCAUUGAGACCGAGAAACUCCUCCCAGCGCUCCAGGCUAUCUUCAAUGUUGCUUAUCCAGGAAUGAAUCAUAAGGUUCAACCGCGCGGCCCUAUCAUUGGUCUGGUGAAUCAGCGCAUUUGCUCCUGGCGCAGUAAUUUUGGAUCCACGGCCAUUGCCCUUGUUGCAAAUUUUCUCGCUACCUCAAAAGAUAACGAGGACGAGGACGAAGACGAGGACGAAGACGCUAACUUCGAACAAACACUGGCAGCUGAACUUCUUCAGGAGUGGGCCUUCCUCUACGAGGAUCCAGAGGUUCGCGAUCCAGGUCAGAUUUACCGUAAACCCCAAUUUUCUCCACAGACAUAA